AUGGAAAAGGUAAUCCACUACUUCUACUCAGAUUUCUUCGACAGCAACGUCCACUUGCCUCCUCGUCAUCUGAGGGAAGAUGGACAUGUCAUUCCAAAGGUCCUCCCUUCCGAAUUCCGACAUGCCGUCAUAUCAGCGAAGAAUCGUACUUCAGACGAUCUCGACAGGAUCAAGCAUGAACAUCUAAAGUAUCUACCGCCAGUCCUCAUCAACACACUAGCUAGGCUCUUCACUCAUUAUCUGUCGGAAUGCAAGGUUCCUAAGCAAUGGAAAACUAGGACCGUGAUGUUGUAUAAGAAGUGA